UAUUUCAUUUUAUGAAUAUACAGGAUACUUAUCUGUAGUCAACUCUUGCGUGUUAUCUCUGAAAGCCAAUCUAGAAGUUCUUCUCUUAUUGUCUUUUCUUGGAGCAUUUAAUUAUCAAAUGUACUUGUACAGGAAUUUUUUUUUUUAAAUCCAUUGCAAGAACUUUCCCAGGGACGGCAACGUUUGAACAGGUCAUUACCAGCAUCCUUUCUGCGUCUUGUUAAAGUCUUUAGUUCAUAUAUCAGAGGCGAUAUCUCUUUUUUCUGUCAUUGAACUCUUGGAGUAGCUUUUUGAUUAGAUAUUGAUUAUGGGAGCCCAAAGCUCAAAGGAUUCAAGUGAAAGCAUGUCAGCUGGUUCAGAUGCAUGGAUCCAUUACGGAUAUCCACCACCACAUUCUGCACAUCCUCAAGAGAAUUCAUACUAUACGCCACAGCAUCAUUAUACUCCACCUCCCUCCUAUAAUUAUGGAUCACAAACGCCCCAGCGCUCGCAUAAGAUUAUGGGCAGGAAAUACUCAAGGAUAGCUGAUAACUACCAAACUUUGGACCAGGUUACUGCUGCCCUUGCACAAGCUGGCCUUGAGUCCUCUAACCUUAUUGUUGGUAUUGAUUUCACAAAGAGCAACGAGUGGACAGGUGCCAGGUCAUUCAACCGCCGAAGCUUGCAUCACAUUGGAAAUGGUCAAAAUCCCUACGAACAAGCUAUAUCAAUUAUUGGACAGAGCUUAUCUGCUUUUGAUGAGGAUAACUUGAUUCCCUGUUAUGGAUUUGGAGACGCAUCAACACAUGAUCAAGACGUCUUCAGUUUCUAUCCAGAAGAGAGAAUUUGCAAUGGAUUUGAGGAGGUGCUAGCAAGAUACAGAGAAAUUGUUCCCCAACUUCGACUUGCAGGGCCAACAUCUUUUGCACCCAUCAUUGAAAUGGCCAUCACUAUAGUUGAGCAAAGUGGUGGUCAAUACCAUGUUUUGCUGAUAAUUGCUGAUGGACAGGUGACAAGAAGUGUUGAUACACAGCAUAGUCAGCUUAGCCCCCAAGAGCAAAAGACAAUUGAUGCAAUUGUCAAAGCAAGUGAAUUCCCCUUGUCGAUUGUCCUUGUUGGGGUUGGUGAUGGGCCUUGGGACAUGAUGAAGGAGUUUGACGAUAACAUCCCUGCUCGUGCUUUUGACAAUUUUCAGUUUGUGAACUUCACAGAGAUUAUGUCAAAGAACAUGGAUCCAUCCAGAAAGCAGGCAGAAUUUGCUCUUUCAGCCUUGAUGGAAAUACCUUCUCAAUACAAAGCAACUAUUGAGCUUGGCUUAUUGGGAAGAAGGAAGGGAAAUGCUUCAGAGAGAUUUCCUCUCCCUCCUCCCCUUUAUGGUACCUCUUCUUUCAACACCUCAAAGCCUUAUUCUCGCUCAAGCAGUUUUCAGCAGAAUGCAUCUCCCAAUUCUCGCUCAAACAGUUUUGAGCAAAAUGAACCUCCUUAUUCUGGAUACGAUGAUGCAGCUAGCACAACCGCAGGUCCAUCUUCAACCUCCCGUUAUGAUCAUCAGGUUUGCCCCAUUUGCCUUGGUAAUCCCAAGGACAUGGCCUUUGGUUGUGGACAUCAGACUUGCUGUGACUGUGGAGAAGGCCUCCAACUCUGCCCCAUAUGUCGGAGCACUAUCCAAAUUCGAAUCAGGCUUUAUUAAUCAGCCUCUCUAAUCACAUUUUUGGUUUGGUAACAGCUGAAUUGAGUUAUUCAUCUUACAAAAGCAAGGAAAGUUUAGCCGUUGAUUAUAACCUGAAAGAUAGAAAAAGGCUUCCAUUUAUGAGUUUUACCACAUUCUGAGCAAUUUUAAUACAGACAGGGGAGGCCUAUAUCUCACCUGAUGCCUCCUUUUGCAACUUGCAACCACCAGCUAACCUCUGUGCUGCUAUCUUGAUGGAGAUUACGACAGUUGGCGUUAUGACCAGCAAUUUAAUGGUGAAAGCCUGAAAAGUAAGGGGACACAGCCAAUGUAGGACUCUUGCUGCAGUGAAGCUCUCUAAAUAGUAAAUACUUUCGAUUGGACAAUAUAUAUAUAUAUAGUAAAUACUUUCGGAAUGGGGCUUAGAUGAGGAUGAGAAUGUUGCCCUGUCAAGACAAUUGAUGAACAUAAACCUGGAUCGAAUCACUAGUUGAAUAGACUAUGUCCUUGUCAUUCUUUUUUUUAAAAAAAAAAAAAAAAAAUUGUUUGUAAUUGUUGAAUUGUUUCCUACAUCAAAGGAUAAUUUUGUGCUCGUGAACUGAAUAAAAACUCUGUAAGGUGUUAUUAAAAGUCCCUGUUUAGACAUACUCGAUAUGUGAG